AUGACUAUUGGUGAUACAGAUAGAUGGACAGCUGCUGUUGUUCGUAAUACAUUUUUGGAUUAUUUCAAGUCCAAGGAGCAUAAGUUUGUUCGUUCUUCUCCUGUUGUUCCAUUCGAUGACCCAACUUUAUUAUUUGCUAAUGCUGGUAUGAACCAGUACAAACCAAUUUUCCUAGGUACUGUUGAUCCAUCUUCUGAAUUCUACACUUUAAAACGUGCUUACAACUCUCAGAAAUGUAUCAGAGCCGGUGGUAAGCAUAACGAUUUAGAGGAUGUUGGUAGAGAUUCUUACCAUCAUACAUUUUUUGAAAUGUUGGGUAAUUGGUCAUUUGGUGAUUAUUUCAAGAAGGAAGCUGUUGAAUAUUCUUGGGAAUUGUUAACUCAAGUUUAUUCCAUUCCAGCCGAUCGUUUAUAUGUCACUUAUUUUGAAGGUGAUGAAAAACAAGGUUUAGAACCAGAUCAUGAAGCUCGUGAAUUGUGGAGAUCUGUAGGUGUCCCAGAUGACCAUAUCUUGCCAGGUAAUGCUAAGGAUAAUUUCUGGGAAAUGGGUGAACAAGGUCCAUGUGGUCCAUGUUCUGAAAUUCAUUAUGAUAGAAUUGGUGGUAGAAAUGCUGCUCAUUUAGUUAACCAAGAUGAUCCAGAUGUUUUAGAAGUAUGGAAUUUGGUCUUCAUGCAAUAUAACAGAGAACAAGAUCGUAGUUUGAAAUCAUUACCAGCUAAACAUAUCGAUACUGGUAUGGGUUUUGAAAGAUUGGUCUCUGUUUUACAAGAUGUUAGAUCCAACUACGAUACUGAUGUCUUUCAACCAUUAUUUAAAGCCAUUCAAGAAAUCGCAAACGUUAGACCAUAUACUGGUAAAUUCGGUGCUGAAGAUGUUGAUGGUAUUGAUACUGCCUAUAGAGUUUUAGCCGACCACGUCCGUACUUUAACUUUCGCUUUAGCUGACGGUGGUGUUCCAAACAAUGAAGGUAGAGGUUACGUUUUAAGACGUAUCUUGAGAAGAGGUGCUCGUUACGCUCGUAAAUAUAUGAAUUACCCAAUUGGUAACUUCUUCUCUCGUUUGAUGCCAACUUUGAUUGAACAAGUCAAAGAUAUAUUCCCAGAAGUCGCCAAGGAUCCUUCUUUUGUUGCUGAAAUUUUGGAUGAAGAAGAAGCAUCUUUCUCUAAGACCUUAGAUCGUGGUGAAAAGCUAUUUGAAAAGUAUGCCGCUGCUGCAUCCCAAACCGAAUCCAAGACCUUAGACGGUAAACAAGUUUGGAGAUUAUAUGAUACUUAUGGUUUCCCAGUUGAUUUGACCGAAUUAAUGGCUGAAGAACAAGGUUUGAAAAUCGAUGGCCCAGGUUUUGAAAAAGCUAAGCAAGAAUCCUACGAAGCUUCAAAGAGAGGUGGUAAGAAGGACAAUUCUGACUUAUUAAAAUUGAAUGUCCACGAAUUAUCUCAAUUGAACGAAGAGAAAAUCGCUAAAUCCGAUGAUUCUUCUAAAUACGGUUUUGACAAUGUCGAUGGUACAAUUUUGAAAUUAUAUGAUGGUGAACAAUUUGUUGAUGAAAUUACUGAACCAGGUAAAAAAUACGGUAUUAUAUUGGACAAUACCUGUUUCUAUGCUGAACAAGGUGGUCAAGAAUAUGAUACUGGUAAGAUAAUUAUCGAUGAUGUUGCUGAAUUUAACGUCGAAAAUGUCCAAUUAUAUAACGGUUAUGUUUUCCACACUGGUUCUUUGGUCGAAGGUAAAUUAUCCGUUGGUGACAAGAUCAUCGCCGCUUACGAUGAGUUACGUCGUCACCCAAUCAAGAACAACCACACUGGUACUCACAUCUUAAACUAUGCUUUAAAAGAAACUUUAGGUAAUGACGUUGACCAAAAGGGUUCCUUAGUUGCCCCAGAAAAGUUAAGAUUCGAUUUCUCCCACAAGAAGGCUUUAUCCUUGGAUGAAUUACGUAAUGUCGAAGAAGUCUGUAACCAACAAAUUAAAGAUAACAUGGCCGUAUACUAUAAGGAAGUUCCAUUAGAUUUGGCUAAGACCAUAUCUUCUGUUCGUGCUGUCUUUGGUGAAACUUAUCCAGAUCCAGUUCGUGUUGUUUCCGUUGGUAAACCAAUUGAUGAAAUCUUAGCUAACCCAUCCAAUGAAGAAUGGAACAAAUACUCUAUUGAAUUCUGUGGUGGUACCCAUGUUUCCAAAACUGGUGAUAUCAAAUAUUUCAUCAUUUUGGAAGAAAGCGGUAUUGCAAAGGGUAUCAGAAGAAUCGUUGCUGUUUCCGGUACUGAUGCUUUUGAAGCUCAAAGAAUCGCUAACGAAUACGAAUCUGAAUUAGAAAGCACCGAAAAAUUACCUUUCUCCCCAUUAAAGGAAAAGAAAUUAAAAGAAUUAGGUGUCCAAUUAGGUCAACUAUCCAUUUCUGUCAUUAAGAAGAAUGAAUUGAAAGAAAAGUUCACUAAAAUUGAAAAGUCAGUCAAAGAUGAAGUUAAAUCUAGAGCUAAAUUAGAAACCAAACAAGUCUUGGAUGAAGUCAAAGAACAUUUCACCGAAAAUACCGAAUCGCUAUUUUUAGUCAAACAUAUCGACAUCCCACCAAAUGCCAAGGCUAUCACCGAAGCCAUUGCCCAUAUUAAAACCAAAAACAAGGAUAAGACUAUCUAUUUGUUAACAGGUAAUGACCCAGAAGGCAGAGUUGCCCAUGGUUGUUUCAUUUCCGAUGUCGCCAUCAGUAAAGGUGUUGAUGGUGCAGCUUUAGCUAAGAAAGUAUCUGCUUCUAUUGGUGGUAAAGCUGGUGGUAAAGGUAAUGUUUUCCAAGGUAUGGGUGACAAGCACAUUGGUAUCGAAGAAGCUGUCGCUGCAAUUGAAGCCGAAUUCAACCAAUUUCUAACCAUGUAA